AGCACCUGCGCCAAUCAGGGGCAGGCCCCGGCGGCGACGCCUGGCCCAGUCUCCUCCCCCAGCCGCUUUGUGCAAUGCAAGGCGGAGCUGCUGCCUUUGCAGGCACUCGCCGGCUCCCGGAACGCGGUGUAUUACAGCGGCCGGCUGCACCGAUAGCCUGAGCCUGCCUCGCUUCCAGUCCCUGCAGCUGCCAGCACCAGCCGCCUUCCUCGGCCCCUACAGCCACAGCACCGCAUGGAGAAGGCUGAGGACGGGUCCCAGGGCUUCCUGCCGCCCUUCGAGCACUUCGCCACUCAGGCCAUCCACGUGGGGCAGGAGCCGGAGCAAUGGACCUCCAUGGCCGUCGUGCCCCCCAUCUCUCUCUCCACCACCUUCAAGCAGCAGGCGCCCGGCCAGCACCGCGGUUUUGAAUAUAGCAGUAGUGGAAAUCCCACUCGGAAUUGCCUGGAAAAGGCUGUGGCCACACUGGAUGGAGCCAAGUACUGUUUAGCUUAUGCUUCAGGCUCAGCGGCUACUAUGAAUAUUGCACAUUUGUUAAAGAUGGGAGACACUGUUAUCUGUAUGGAUGAUGUUUAUGGAGGUACAAACAUAUAUUUCAGGAAGAUAGCCUCCAGAAUGGGUGUGAAGAUUACUUUUGUUGACUGUAGCAAAUUGGAAUGCCUGGAGGCUGCAAUCACACCAGAUACAAAGCUUGUUUGGCUUGAAACUCCCACAAAUCCCACCCUGAAGGUCGUUGAUAUUCAAGGCUGUGCAGAUGUCAUCCAUAAACAUAAAGACAUUAUUAUGGUAGUAGACAACACCUUUAUGUCAGCAUAUUUCCAGCGUCCUUUGUCUCUUGGGGCAGAUAUUUGUAUGUAUUCUGCAACCAAAUACAUGAAUGGGCACACUGAUGUUGUAAUGGGAUUGGUUUCAGUAAAUUGUGAUGAUCUCUAUGAAAGGCUCAAAUUCUUACAAGAUGCCCUUGGAGCAGUUCCAUCUCCUUUUGACUGUUACCUUUGCAAUCGGGGUUUAAAGACACUGCAGAUCCGGAUGAAGCAGCAUUUCUACAAUGCGCAGGCUGUUGCUCAGUACCUUGAAUCAAAUCCCCGGGUAGAAAAAGUCAUUUAUCCUGGACUGCCCUCGCAUCCUCAGCAUGAGGUAAUGAAGCGUCAGUCCACUGGCUGUUCUGGGAUGGUUGCCUUUUAUAUUAAAGGAAAUCUUGAACAGGCUGAAAUCUUUCUCAAGAAUUUAAAGCUUCUCACGCUGGCUGAGAGUCUGGGAGGAUAUGAAAGCCUAGCAGAACAUCCGGCUAUUAUGACUCACGCCUCAGUUCCUAAAGAGGAGAGAGAGGUUCUUGGGAUCAAUGAUACUUUGAUUCGCCUGUCAAUUGGUUUGGAGGAUGCACAAGAUAUACUGGAAGAUCUGGAGCAAGCUUUGAAAGCAGCAGUCCCAGAGCAUAUGGUUCACACCUAGGAAUCUAAGACCUGAAAUUGGAAGCUGAUCACUACAAAGUGAAGGCACCCAGAGAAGAUUAAAUUAAAAGCCAAACUACUGAUAAAUUUCUUCAAAUUUUUCUUGAGAUUUUCCUUUAAAUGUAAAGGGGGGGAAACCACACCCCUAAACUUUGAUUAUAAGUUUAGAGAUACCCAAGCAGUCUUUAAGCUUCGCUCUCCAGUGACUCAACAUGGGUCAAACUUAUGCACAAAACAUGUGCUUGUCCCUCUCCUUUCUGAGAAAAGUUUGUUGAUCUGAGAUCAGCUGUGAUGUACAUGCAACAGUAUUAUAUCCAGAUCUCAAAUAUUAAAAAUUGGGUUUUUUAUGCUGUACAAUGGUGAGUGCAUGCUGCAGUUAUGUUGGUGCAGGCUGUUUCUUUCAUCAUACUGCAGAAUUUUUUGUAAAAAAUCACAAUUGUGUUUAACUGAAGAUAUAUUUUGAAUGGUGUAGGAUCAAAUUCAGACUUUUUGAAUGAGAAUAUCAAAUCUGGUUUGAUUUUGUGUAACACUGAAAAUUUAAAAAGUCAUAACUGAUACUGUACUGUAAUCUUCUGAAGAUUUGACAGGUAAAAAGCAGGAUUUAGUCUGAAUUUUUUAAUGGAAUGGAAUUACAAAUGAGAACAAUUUCAGUCUUAACUCCUGUCUUACCAGCAUAUAACUUGUUUCUGUAUGCUUAAAUUUCUAAAGUGGAUAAUUUAAUGAAAGGGGAAAUUAAAUGGGGCAUUUGUCAGACAGACUGGAAGGAUAACUUUUUUAAUGUUUUCAAAAUUUUCACAAAGCAAAUGAAAUCUAGACUUUCUUUUUCCUUUUAGAAAAGAAGUCUAAUAUUACACCAUAUACUAGUUCUCUGGCCUUUUAAAACCCACUAUUUUUAAUCUAACAUUAAAUUGUUUAGAAUGUUCUGUAUGAAUUGUAAGUGGAGCAUUAGUGAAUAAAAUGAAUGGGACA